CCAAUAUCUUCUCUUGGCCGUCAUACUCUUCCCACUGAAGUCUAUAAGCAUGGAAACUGCCUUGCUUUGUUCAGCAUUGUCCGUUCUGUUUCUUCUUCUUGCAUUAAAGUUUUGGUUACAAGCAAGAACACGUCACAAAAAUCUCCCACCAAGCCCACCUGGUCUUCCAAUUAUAGGCCAUCUCCAUCUUCUCAAACAACCCAUCCAUCGAUCCCUUCACAAUCUUUCGCAAAAAUACGGUCCGAUCAUCUCUCUCCGGUUCGGAUCUCGCCUCGUGGUCAUUGUAUCAUCACCAUCUGCAGUAGAAGAAUGCUUCACUAAAAACGACAUCGUUCUCGCCAAUCGUCCUCCUUUAAUUAUGGGAAAGUAUCUAAACUACAAUAACACCACCCUUGUAACCGCCCCGUACGGUGAUCAUUGGCGUAAUCUCCGCCGCAUAAGCGCUCUUGAAAUCUUCUCAUCCAAUCGCCUGUGUAAACUUUUAGCCAUUAGAAGACAUGAAAUCAAGAUUUUUCUGAACAAACUCUAUCGAGAUUCAAGCGAAGCUUUUACUAAAGUGGAGCUAAAGCCGAUGUUUUCAGAGCUAACUUUUAACAUAAUCAUGCACAUGAUUACAGGGAGACAAUACUGUGAAAUUGAUAAAUCAAGGCAGUUUAGGGAAAUUAUAAGAGAGCUUUUCAAAUUUGCUGAGGUUUCAUAUUUAGGAGAUUUCUUGCCAUUUUUACAGUGGGUUGAUUAUCAAGGUUUUGUGAAGAAAUUGAAGGUACUCUGUAAAAGAAUUGAUGGAUUGUUGCAAGGUCUUGUUGAUGAUCAAAGAAAUGAUAAGGGUGGAGAUACAAUCAUGAAACGUCUGCUUUCUUUGCAAGAAUCACAGGAGCAUUAUUUCACAGAUGAAAUCAUCAAAGGACUUAUAAUGAAUAUGAUAUUUGCUGGGACGGACACAACAGCAGUUACAUUAGAAUGGGCAAUGGCGAACCUGCUGAAUCAUCCUCAAGUGCUAGAGAAGGCUAAAAGCGAGUUGGAUCUUCAAAUUGGUCAAGAAACCCUAGUAGAUGAAUCAGAUAUUUCUAAGUUACCCUAUCUUCAAAACAUCAUAUCGGAGACUCUCCGCCUGUGUCCAGCGGCGCCGUUGCUUCUCCCACAUUUUUCAAGCGAUGAGUAUACAAUCGGAGGAUACGAUGUGCCCAAAAAUACAAUGGUUUUCGUCAAUGCAUGGGCUAUACACAGAGACCCUCGACUGUGGGACGACGCUGAGAAGUUUAAGCCUGAGAGAUUCGAGAAAGGUCGAGCCGAUGAGGCCUGUGGCUGCUACAAGUUCAUGACGUUCGGCCUUGGUAGGAGGGCUUGUCCAGGGAUGGGUCUAGCCCAUAGGGUUUUAAGCUUUGCUUUAGGCGCCAUGAUUCAAUGCUUUGAGUGGAAGAGGGUGAGUGAAAGGGAAAUUGACAUGGCUGAAGGGAAUGGACUCACUAUGCCCAUGGCUGGGCCACUGGAAGCCAUGUGCAAAGCACGUGAUAUCAUUAUUAAAGAAUUCUCCUCUCUUGAUGAUAGUAUUGAUCCCCUGUGAACACUUUAAUAACAUUCCAAUGAGUUGUUUUACAUACUCUAAAACUUAAAUAGAUUGUGAUCAAACUGUUUGAUUCA